AUGCUGUUAUUAUUACUAUUAUUAUCAUUACUUUUAUUCUAUGUUCAUUUAGUUAUUUUAAAUAAAGUUGAUUUAAUUUUAACAAAGACAAUUAUAUCUAUUCGUUGUCCUGAUGGUAAAAUUUCGUUUGUCGGCUUUCUUCAUACAGCAAAUAAAAUAGAUAAUCUUCGUUCAUAUUGUUCUCAUCCAUAUCUUGUUUCAUCUGAUGAUUUAAUUAUUAUAUUUACUACAAAUGCAUUACUUCAUAAAUGUAUCAAUGAAAAAACUCUCAAUACAAAAUUUAAACUUCAUUUAACACUAACACAUCAAAGUGAAAGUAUUUCACCAACUUCUAUAUCAAUUCAUAAUGAAAAAUCAGGAUCAACUAAAACAUUAGAACAAGAAUCGUUUUUUAAUAAAAACUAUACAGUAACAAUCGCUAAUAAUAUCAAAUUAAUUAGUUUAGACAAAGGAAAAUUCCGUUAUACAUUCUAUAUAUGGUUUAUUAAACGAGAUUGGAUUAUCUGUCGAUUAGAUAUAGUCUUUGAUUCUCAUCCAUGCCAUCAUAAAGAUGAUUUUCCUAAUGCCCUAUUUAUUCCUUUUUGUUAUUAUAAUGUAUGA